UUAACUUUGCAUUCAUGAUACACCACUUGGUGCAGCACAUUUAUCCAUCAUUUGUUACUUUAAGACAUUUUCCAUCCUUUACUUUUAGCUAUUUGUUUCAACAGUUUAUACAUUAACACAUCGUUUUCCACCAUUUAUCUAUUUAUAACUUGUAGCUACAGUAAAGUUUAAACUCAUUUGUUCCUAAUCUGAUUAUUUUUAAAUCCCACACACGCUUAAUGAACUGCAGAAGUACUCCUGGGUGUCGAGCUGCGACGACAAGUCGACUAAUCGAUCGACGGGAAAAUAAUCUCCAAUCUCUUUAAAGUAAUUUUUCCUGCUAAAAUGUCGUCCUGGUUUGAACUCGGUGGUAUAGAUCCUCUUCGUGUACGAACACUGGCAGGAAGACAGACAGCUAGAUGAAGGCUAACUGCUCGCAGACGUGGCUCCGCUCUAAAUUUAGUCCCCCCUCCACUUGUGAACUAAAUACCAACGACAACAGUCGAACUGACACCCACCCACUCGUUCAGUCCCCCUUCCCACCACAAGCCCCAGUGCCGGGGAGCGUGAACACCCACACGGGGCGACUACCCAGUCUGACCCUCUCGCCUCUCACCUUUCCGACUUCCUACCCCGAGGAGACAGACACAAGUCCAGACUCCGCCCUGCAGGUCCUUCAGGACAGGGGCAGCCAUGUCACAGUUCUCCACCAUGACGACCAGCGAGAGGAAAAUGCAGGCGGCAGCAAUCUGCAGGGAGGUUGAAGCCCUGGAAGAUGUGGAGAUGGACCUGGGGAGGAAAGUGAACAUGCCUAAAGACAUCAUGCUGGAGGAGCUUUCUCUCUCCUCCAACCGCGGCUCCCGUCUCUUCAAGAUGCGCCAGAGACGCUCCGAGAAAUACACUUUUGAGAGCAUCCAAAAUGAAAACAACAAUCAGCUCAACAACAGAAUGGUUCUCCAAGCUGAGAAUGGAUGUGCCGCGGACGGCCUCAACGGCGAGAACAACGUGGAUGUCGACCAGUCUCCUGCUGUGCCAUCCGAGCCAAAUCCAGACAGCAUCGCCCCGGGUACGUAACGAUGCAACCCAAAGACACAA